CUUCAAUAUCAUUCCACGUUUCCACUCUAAUUCGUCAUCAUGUCGUAUCGGGAUGUGCGAAAUUGUACAGAGAUGUUGCGUGCGUUGGGAUACCCAAAACUAGUAUCAAUGGAGAGCUUCCGAAAGCCGAAUUUCCCAUUGAUCACCUCGCUUCUCCUUUGGUUGACCAAACGCUUUGAUCCGGAUGUAGAUAUUCCUGGGGAUAUGCAGACUGAAGAGGAAAGGGUAGCUCUGAUCCGCAACGUGGCGCAAUUCAUGGGCCUGAAGGCAAACAUCAAAUUGAACACCAAACGACUCUACCAAGCUGAUGGUUACGCUGUACGGGAGAUUCUGAAAGUGACUUCGUUGUUGUACGAAGCCCUGGUCACCAACGCUGAAGAUGAUACUCCUGCCAAUCAGGAAGAGGAUGUGGAGUUGACCAUUCGCGACUUUGACUUUGCUGAUAAACUGCAUGAUCUGAAGCAGUCUCGUCAACUCGCCACGGAAAUCACCAUGACGGGUGCAUCUCUGUUUGAUCUCCUGGGUCACGAGAUCAAUCUACGCGGUUUGCGCGAGACGAGCGUCAGUCGCCAGUUUGAAGUCCACGAUGUGGAUGGAGGCAUUCGACGGGCGAUCGACAUCAUUGGUAACGAGGUCGACGACACAAAAGCGCAGAUUGAUAACGUAUCAGCCAGCGAGGCAAGUCUGGAUGGUAAACUGGAGCGGCGCCGUAUGGAAAUCGAACGGUACGAGAAACGCCUGCAGACGUUGAAGAAAGUCCGACCCGCAUUCCUGGAAGAAUUCAUCAACCUCGAAGUGGAGCUCAACAGUCUCUUCGAGAAAUAUUCAACGCGUGUACGUUGCCUGGCCCAGUUGGAGAAGCUCGCUUCAGAUGCAGAACGAGCCCACAUUCAACGCGCUCAAUUAGCAUCAUCCCAAAGAGCAAUGACCACCACCAUCCCACUUGAAGAUACCAAUGAAGAUGAUUUGAUCUUGGAUGAACCAGUAACAGCUCCCAAUCCCAAAAUCAAUCAAAACCCACAUCCGGUGAUUGAUAAGAAGCUCCCUCCUAGCAGACAGGAGAGACCCAGAGCUAGAACCGGUGGUAGGACGCGUCAGGAUAUCAUCCCACCAACCAACAACCUUUCCAAGGUCUAUGGUGGGAUGGAUCCUGGCAUGAGUAACAGUAACUCCUCUUUUGACAUCUCCUCAGAUGACACCGACGAUGAUGAGCUUUUCCUUGAUAAACACGAACCGGAAUUGGAAGAUGUGCAAUCCGAUGAAGAUUCCUUAGGUUUGGAGUUCUCAGCGAUGGAGAUCAACAAACGGGCGCCUUCCGGGAGGAUGACCAGCAGCAAGAUCACUAUGCCCGACAAUAGCGAUGAUGAUUUUUAAAAGGGACAAGUGAGUGAGUACUAAAAAUAAUUUAUUACAAAUCAAGAUAUUCAAAAAUUACAUUAGAGUCCAAUAAUAAAUAAAUAAAUACCAAUUAUAAAAAUA